AUGACACGAUCAUCUACUCCCGAGGCAGACCGACCCAUCGAGCGACAAGAGGUCGCGAAGACGGAAGAACACGACAACUGUGAUAAUGGGCGCCACCCGUUCCACCGAUCUAUCCUCGAGGUCCGGCUGCCGAAACACUUCGACAAGCCAACGGACAUGAGGUACGACGGAACUCAAGACCCUCUAGAACACCUGACGGCCUUCGAGGCCAGAAUGAAUCUAGAGGGGGUAGGCGACGAAGUGAGAUGCCGCGCCUUCCCGGUGACCUUAGCAGGACCAGCGAUCAAAUGGUUUAACGGCCUCCCCCAAGGUUCUAUCUACAAUUUCUCAGACAUCAGCCGCGCUUUCCUGGCUCAAUUCACAACGCGAAUAGCAAAGGCUAAGCAUCCUAUCAACCUUCUCGGGGUAACCCAAAGACAGGGAGAGCCGACCAGGAAGUACUUGGAUCGGUUCAACGACGAAUGCUUGGAAAUUGACGGCUUAACCGACUCGGUGGCCAGUCUUUGCCUAACGAACGGCCUCCUCAACGAGAACUUCCGGAAACACCUCACCACGAAACCAGUUUGGACGAUGCAUGAAAUCCAAACAGUGGCCAAGGAGUAUAUAAACGACGAGGAAGUCAGCCGAGUCGUGGCUGCCAACAAACGGCAGUCCGGUUACAGCCAAGCACGGAGCCCGUCGACGGAGAGAGAGCUAAGGAAAAAGCUAGGGAAGAGGCAUAGCGGAGAAGGGAAUCCUCCCGAAGCCCGAGCACUUAAGGACCGAACAGGAGGAAACAAGAACCUUUACUGUGAUUACCACAAGGGGUAUGGCCAUCAAACACAGGACUGUUUCGACCUGAAGGAUGCAUUAGAGCAAGCGAUAAGGGAAGGAAAGCUGGCAGCGUUCUCCCAUCUUAUCAGGGACGAGAAGGCGUUAUCGCGACCAGGACGAGGAAGGCAAGACACGCCGGUCAAGCGGCGACAAGAGCCUGAAGACAGAGACCACGGCCUCACGGUGAUAAACGUGGUAACGGCAAAGAACACUGCACCAAAAUCCCGGUCGGCACACAAGAAAGACGCCAAGGUACUGGCGAUUCAUCUUCACCAGUGCAGAGUACCAAAAAACCCGUCCAUUUCUUUCGGCCCAGAAGAUCAAUGGUUCAGCGACGCCCCGGAAAACCCUCCCAUGGUCAUCACGGCCAGAGUAGGAACCGGCCUCGUCAAACGGAUCCUUGUCGACACUGGGGCCGACUCAAACAUCAUGUUCCGAAACGUGUUCGACGCACUGGGGCUGAAGGAUGCCGACCUGACGACCCACCAGCACGGGGUUAUCGGGUUAGGCGACCACUACAUCAAACCAGACGGAGUCAUUUCCCUACCGAUCUCGGUAGGACAGAUGCAAGGCCGAAGGUCGGCGAUGGCCGAAUUCGUGAUCCUCCGAGACUCCACAGCCUACAAUAUCAUCUUGGGAAGGAAGACAAUCAAUGAUUUUGAGGCCAUAAUCAACACCAAGCUACUAGUUAUGAAGUUCGUCACCGAUGAUGGAUCCAUAGGGACCAUAAGAGGAGACCUCGAGACGGCGGUCGCCUGCGACAACGCCAGCCUUUCCCUCAGAAAGAAGUCCAAGGAAGCAUCCGGCGUAUUCCUAGCCGACCUCGAUGCCAGAGUAGAGGACAACCCGAGGCCGGAACCAGAAGGGACCUGGAGAAAUUUAGCAUCGGUGACGAAGGGGAAAGAUUCACAUUCGUUAACAAGAACCUCCCGCAUGAGUUGA